AUGUCCAAAAAGAAGAUAUUGACACUCGUAUUUGUUCGAGAAGCUGGGAAAAUAUUGCUUGGUUUUAAGAAAAGAGGCUUUGGAGCAGGUCUGUGGAAUGGUUUUGGAGGAAAAGUUGAAGAGGGUGAAACAAUCUUACAGGGUGCUAAGAGAGAACUCUUGGAAGAAUGUGGACUAAAGGCCCAUUCCUUGAAGAGUGUUGGGCUUAUAAACUUUGAAUUUGAGAGUGACCCAACCAUAUUGGAAGUUCAUAUUUUUCAGACGUCGGACUUCUCAGGACUGGUUGCUGAAUCUGAAGAAAUGCGGCCACGCUGGUACUCUGAAGAAUCUAUACCAUUUAGUCAGAUGUGGCCUGAUGACAGGUUAUGGUUUCCCUAUAUGCUGAAGGACAGACAGUUUGAAGGCUAUUUCCUCUUUAAAGGAAUGGACAUUAUACUGAAUCACUGGCUAAAGGAAGUGAAUCUAUUAAAUUCCUAG